UAAAGCAGUAGCCGGCUGGUGCAGAAAAGCAACAAGUUCCCCAGCGGUCUUCCCGCCCUAGCUUGACAAGGCGAAGGGUUUCUUACCUGGCGACAGGGAAAUCUCCUGAGCCGAGCUCAUCUUUGCCAGAGCCCCAGGUGUGACCUGAGCAGUGGGCAAAGGAUCGGCGUGCAAAUUGGAUUAUUUUUAUGGGGGUACUCUGAAACUCCCUCACUUUCUCUGGGAACUUUUUGUGCUAGGGCUCAGUGACAGGCGUUGAGAAAGCUGCUUCAGGAAACGCCCGCUAUAUAGCAGGGCAAUUGGACAGUCAUUGGUAACCUCGCUCAUUCAUUAGAAUCACGUAAGAACUCAAAGGGAAACGUGUCUCUCAGAAUGAGGGCGUUUGCGUAAAUCUAUAGGUUUUUCAACAUCGAUGCCAGUUGCUUUGUCUUCUGUAGUCGCCAAGGUGGAUGAGAGUUGAAGCUUUGCGGAUAUUGCGAAGGGUUAUUAGAUUCAUAAGUCACACCAAGUGGUGGGCGAUCCACUGAGCAAAGCCGAACUUCUCACAUGAUGACUUCAAACAAGACACAUUACCUUCCUGCAUCUGUUGGGGAGACAAGAUUUUAAGACACUGAGUCUCCAGGACAGCAAAGCCACAAUGUUCCACCAGGUGAGAAGAGUGAUGACCAUCCUUUUCCUUACUAUGGUUAUUUCAUACUUCGGUUGCAUGAAGGCGGCGCCCAUGAAAGAAGUAAACGUCCACGGACAAGGCAACUUGGCCUACCCAGGUGUGCGGACCCAUGGGACUCUGGAGAGCGUGAAUGGGCCCAGGGCAGGUUCGAGAGGUCUGACGACGACAUCACUGGCUGACACUUUUGAGCACGUCAUCGAAGAGCUGCUGGAUGAGGACCAGAAGGUUCGGCCCAACGAAGAAAACCAUAAGGACGCGGACUUGUACACUUCCCGGGUGAUGCUCAGCAGUCAAGUGCCUUUGGAGCCUCCUCUACUCUUUCUGCUGGAGGAAUACAAAAAUUACCUGGAUGCCGCAAACAUGUCUAUGAGGGUUCGGCGCCACUCCGACCCUGCCCGCCGUGGGGAGCUGAGCGUGUGUGACAGUAUUAGCGAGUGGGUCACAGCGGCAGAUAAAAAGACUGCAGUGGACAUGUCUGGCGGGACGGUCACAGUCCUAGAGAAAGUCCCGGUAUCCAAAGGCCAACUGAAGCAGUAUUUCUACGAGACCAAGUGUAAUCCCAUGGGUUACACCAAGGAAGGCUGCAGGGGCAUAGACAAAAGGCACUGGAACUCGCAAUGCCGAACUACCCAAUCGUAUGUUCGGGCCCUUACUAUGGAUAGCAAAAAGAGAAUUGGCUGGCGAUUCAUAAGGAUAGACACUUCCUGUGUAUGUACACUGACCAUUAAAAGGGGAAGAUAGUGGAUUUAUGUUGUAUAGAUUAUAUUGAGACAAAAUUAUCUAUUUGUAUAUAUACAUAACAGGGUAAAUUAUUCAGUUAAGAAAAAAUAAUUUUAUGAACUGCAUGUAUAAAUGAAGUUUAUACAGUACAGUGGUUCUACAAUCUAUUUAUUGGACAUAUCCAUGACCUGAAAGGAAACAGUCAUUUGCGCACAACUUUAAAAGUCUGCAUUACAUUCCUCGAUAAUGUUGUGGUUUGUUGCCGUUGCCAAGAAUUGAAAACAAAAAGUUUAAAAAAAAUAAUAAUAAAUUGCAUGCUGCUUUAAUUGUGAAUUGAUAAUAAACUGUCCCUCUUUCAGAAAACAGAUUAAAAAAACAAAAAACAAAAAAAAAAAAACAAAAAACAAAAACAAAAAUUGGAACCAAAACAUUCCGUUUACAUUUUAGACACUAAGUAUCUUCGUUCUUGUUAGUACUCUGUUUUACUGCUUUCGACUUCUGAUAGCGUUGGAAUUAAAACAAUGUCAAGGUGCUGUUGUCAUUGCUUUACUGGCGUAAGGGACGGGGAAUGGGAGGGGUAGAUUUCUGUUUGUUUUGUGUUUUAUUUUGUUUGUUUGUUUGUUUUGUUUUUUAGUUCCACCCGGAGUAGGGAUGGAGAAAAUUUCUUCACUAUCCAUUCUGGUUGAUAAAGCGUUACAUUUGUAUGUUGUAAAGAUGUUUGCAAAAUCCAAUCAGAUGACUGGAAAACAAAUAAAAAUUAAGGCAACUGAAUAAAAUGCUCACACUCCACUGCCCAUGAUGUAUCUCCCUGGUCCCCCUCAGCUCACUCUUCUGGCAUGGGUCAGGGAAAAUUGCUUUUAUUGGAAAGACCAGCAUUUGUUCAAAGCAUACUCUUUCCCUCCCUCCUCCCAUUUUGGUCCCUUCUUUUUGUUUUGUUUUAAGAAAGAAAAUUAAGUUGCGCGCUUUAAAAUAUUUUACUACUGCUACAAACAGAUGAACAAUGUGUGUCAUUUUAUGACACUCAUGGAAAACAGUGAUUUUUUUUUACCCUAAAGAAAAACAAAUAAAAAUAACCCAAAAUAUUCUUUUUUUAAAAGGCAUAAAUAUUGGGUAAAUUGUAAUAUGGCCUAACAGUGUUUGCAGAUAAAAGUUAUUGUAUACACCCAGAUACUUAGAUAAGAGCAGGGAUCCACACUGCCAUUGAAAUAGGACUGAAUGGCCCUGCGGAGGCUAAGUGGAGCUGACAUACUAUUUCCUGGCAGUGCAGGAGGAAUUUCUGAGUGGCCAUCCUAAGGUCUAGGAUGGAGGUGGGGAAUGGUACUUGAGACAUUCCUAAAGGAAGGCUCGGAAGCACCCUUCAGAGCAGGCUCUGGAAUGAUGUGUCAAGUUGCUUAGGCCUUCUGCUUUAAGUGCCUACAUUACCUAACAGUGCUCAAGAGGUUCUCGAUUGGAGAACCACACUCAAAUCCAUUUAUAGCCUCCAUCCCAUUUCUAAAUAAUUGUGUAUAAAGUUGGAUUAACCUGGAGCAACUUUGGAUCCAAAUAUGGCACAGCAAUAAUGAUAUUAAUGCAGCAUGAUGGGAAAUGUUUGCUGUGAAGAGAAUUGAUUUGCUUUGAGCUUAGACUUCAGGAAGCCUAGGUUUUUUAUUUUUUUAUUUUUGAGACAUUUUGGUAAAAGGAAAAAAAGAAAACAAACAAACAAACAAACAAAACCAGAAAAAGCAUCAAAACUCAGGCAGAAUGAGCAAUGUCUGAAAGGGCUAGAAAAACAAGACAUAGCAAGGUGCUUUCACUGUGAAAGAGACAAGAACACAGGAGGAAAUAUUGCUUCAGUGAAGAGCACAGACGGCUCCUGCCAAUUUAUUACAAGAGUCCCGUCUGUACUUUACCCUUUGGGGUUAGAAGUCAAGUUGGAAGCCUGAAUGAAUGGACCCAAUGAGAACUAGUGUUAAGCCCAUUUCCCUAGUCAGGUUUUUUUCAAGCGUGAAUGUGUUAGUGGUUACUCUCCUGGGUUCCUGAGCAUCAGAAAAAAAAAAAAAAAGAGGCAAACAAUCGCUUCAUCUUAGGAGUGGAAAGGAAACAGAAGUGGACGUCCGCUGUGACUCAGGGAGUGAAGAUACCAUCAGCAAAUAGUUUCUUUUUUGUUCAUUCGUUCCUUUCGAGUUAGCCUGUCUUUUGGAAUACCACUGAAUAUGCUGUUUUUGAAAGACUUCAUGUAGCAUAGAUUGUUUUGUGCCGUUUACCAAAUUAACCUUUGUCAUCGUUUUUUAACCUAUUCAGGAAUGCUUGGAAUAUCUGCUCUAUGUUAACUUUUUGCAGCUUCAUUCUGAGAGACAUUAGUCAAACAAACAAAAGGAUCCCCAUCACAAUCUUACAGUACUGCAAGGGCCAGGUCUGUUAAUCGGCUUCACAGGAGACAUCAGCAAUUGUGUGGUCAGUGGCUGGCUCUCUUACCCACUAAGAUACAUCAUAGCUACAUGUUGGUGGUUUAUGUUGACCUGAGAUUUAUUUGUUAAAAUCUCUUCUUCGUUUCUGUUCGUUCUGGUUCUGUUCUGUUCUGUUCUGUUCUGUUUUGGUUUUAAAGUCUUGCUGUGGUCUCUUGUUGGCAGAAAUGUUUUAUGCAUGGCAGCAGGCCUGUUGCUUUUUUAUAGUGAUUCCCAUUGAAACUGUAAGUAAAUGUCUGUGGCCUUGUUCUCUCUAUGGUAAAGAUAUUAUUCACCAUGUAAAACAAGAAAAAAUAUUUAUUGUAUUUUAGUAUAUUUAUAUAAUUAUGUUAUUGAAAAAAUUGGCAUUAAAACUUAACCACAUCAGAAGCCUAUUGUAAAUACAGGUUCUAUUUAAGUGUACCAAUUAACAUAUAAUAUAUGUUUUAAAUAUAGAAUUUUUAAUGUUUUUAAAUAUAUUUUCAAAGU